AUGCUUGACGUGGAGGGGAAGAGUGGGAGGUGCUGCAAAGAGUCAACUGGGAAAACGGUCCUUCAAUUUACCCUGUUUUUCUUUUUUUUUGUCAUGAAGCUCAACGAGAAGAUUGGGAAGAGGGAUGUGGGGUUCUGCCGCGUGCUGCGAAACGUCGGCGUUAUGCCACGUGGCCGUAUUGGGCUCUAUGAGUUGUGGAAAAGCGUCGGGUUUGACACGGUGCCGCGUCAACAAGUGCGGCGCUGGCGGAGCGAGUGGAUUCUGCAGGCAACCGACAGGGGGGGGUGUUGUACGGCCUUCCUGCAACCGCGGAAGCGCAGAAUAACAGGGCGUCCAAAUGCCUUGAAAGUCCAAUCAGGCCGGAGAGUAUUUUUCCAAUUUUUUUACUUUUUUUUUGCAGGCAGGGAUAUCACGGGCUGCCGUUUUUUGAAUCCACUAGGGAGGCUUAGUAACACUUGA